CAACAACGAUCGAGUGCUCCUCCCACUUCGCAACUUUGCACUGGUGUUUCUACAUGUCGGCCGCACGUCCCGUUGCAGAUGCCGCCGUCGACUCCGCCGGCCUUCCCAGAGAUGCGCGUACUGUCGUCGUCAGACCCAGCGGGGCUGCCGUCACCACUGCAUCGACCUCAACGGCCUUGAACGUCCGCGUGACCGUGCGGUAUCCUGCACCUGCCAACGCCAAAGUCCCCGACAUCCUCGCACUCUUCCGCAGCGCGACGUGGGUAAACGUGAUGAUCCGAUACAUUGUCCCGUACUUGAAAACGUCGACCCCGGCAAACCGCGACAUCGUGGCGAACCUGCCCCAUCAUGCUUGUGGCGACUGUGAAGACUGCGUGAUCUGUAUGAGCUGCAUGAACGACGCCGUGACACUUCCUUGUGGACACCACUUCCAUUCCGACUGCAUCGAUGCCUGGUUGCGGCUUCGCAGCACGUGUCCUACGUGCCGCCACCAGAUUCAGAAUGCGUUCUCUGGACGGUAUGCUUUCAAAGGCAUCAACACGGCGCUAGUGAUCGACGAACUGGACCCAGCCAUCUCCGUGGAGGCGCUGCAGCGGAUGGAACUCGGUGGCCGUGUGCUGAAGGCGGUGGUGCGCAUCGCGAUGGUUCCGGUCACACAUGUACCCGAACUGGAGAAGUUUCCGUGCGAACUGAACGCCAUGGUCAUGACGGGGUCGCAUGCGAUGGUCCAACAUCUUCAUCGACCUGCGUCUACUGCCACCACCACUCCCGCCACCGCCCUGUCUACCACGUCGACAUCUACGCCGCCGAUCCCACCGACCCUCCCUUCCCUGCGCUGCCGACAACCAUCCAGGAGUCGCGUGCGUUCGCCGACGGCGGUUGACUUGCCUGUGGUCAAGCGACGCCGAGUCGUGCGUUGAGUUGCUGUAUUUUGUUGUCCUAUAAACCCCACCCUAUUUAAUAAUUGACUGUCAAUACAAGACUUCAGUGAUGAAUAAAACUGGC